AUGUCUGCUAAGAUUGCCGGGUUGGAUUGGCAACACGUUUACAACGAUUUUCUCAAGCUGAAGAAUUCCCUUGACUACGAGGAGUUUGAGGAGAAAGAAGGUUCAAAUGAGCCUACUCUAGGGCAGCUGGUCGACGAGAUGCUCCAUCUGUUGGAGUCGAAGCUGCCGAAGUCUCUUACCUUCUCCGAUAUGACCAUGGAGGACUUGACCAAGUUGAAAAUCACGUGUACUGGCUUUAUUCGCCUGAAGCCCAAUCUUGCUGAACGCAUCACGGCGACUACUGCCCUCGGACAGAAUGAGCUUUGGUCUUCCGUGUAUUUGUCUCGUCACUUGCAUUUUUUGGGAGGUCACAUUUCUAAAACUGAAGCAAACGCUCGUGCAUGGAUUGAAGCCUUCCUCUUCCGUGCAUCUGCAAUGCUGCCAUCAAAUACGUGCAUGGUACUCAACAUGAAACAGGAUGUUCCAGCCACGAUUGUCAGCCUGUCGAGGUUGUCGACCCUUUCUGGAAUUGUAGACUACACUGCCAUAGUAGCAAGUCAACACAACGCUAAUUUCUAUGUGAAAUCUAUGGGCCUUUAUGAAAUGAAGACGAAUAUGCCACGGAGCUUCUUCGUUAUGGACGCUAAGCUUUGCAAUCCCUCAGAUGAUGUUCCUCAGGCAGUAUAUAAGAUGUUCGCAUACGGAAAGUUCCUCGAGCAGAAAGUCAUCCGUGGUGCUCUGGUCAAUGGAUCUGACUGGAUCUUCAUCCUCAUGACGCUCAACGACAAUUAUGACGGAGCCUCCUAUAAGCAAUCUGUCGCGCUCUCCAUGGAUCCUUACCACACUCCCGAUGACCAGCUAGUGAACCCUGAGCUAUGGUCCGAUUUAAUUGCUGCUAUUUUGGCACAUUGGAUUGAAAAUAGCUUUGCAGACCUGGGAAGUGAUGAUUGGUUUGAAUCGUCGCUGUAG